UCAAGACCUCUCUUCCCCCUCGCGAUGCGGCCCUCUUCAACCUCUCCACCUUCUGUGUCGAGGCGGAGCCUGUCAUUCCCUUGAUUGUCUUCCUGGACUUUCUUGUCACUCUUUCCAACAGCCUUUGGUCCUCAGUGGCCACCACUGUCCUUACACAUCUCGAAUAGGCCGCGCCGGUCGCGUUCCUAGACUUCGAGAUUGCCCUCAAUAUCACUCCCAGUCAUUAUUCCAAUUAGGCCUGUUGUUUCCAUCCAACAUCAUGUUAGGCUUUCAUAGGCGCACCAGAUCUCUGAUACCCGUCAAGGAAUUGGCGAAGUAUGACAAAGUUGAAUUGAGCGAAGAGCCUGAACAGGAUACGAGGGAAGAUGAUCAGGAACUUGUCUCAGUGCCGGAGACGACAACAAAGGCUCGACAGAGGCAGUUGACUCUAGUCUAUGUGAUAUUCCUUGCCGAAGCCAUCAUGGCCUCGAGCCUCCAACCGCAACUGCAGAUGCUCAUUUCGAACGACGAUUACUGCGGAAAUCUAUCUACGUCCUACCUUCGUAGCAUCUUGGAUUGCGCAUAUGCAUUUGGUGGUACGAGUGGUAUUUUCUGGGGAUAUCUCUCUGACCGCAUUGGACGCCGUCGUGUGUCUCUGCUAGGGUUGUGGACCAUGUGCGUUUGCUGUCUGAGCAUGGGAUUUGCCACGGACCUUAUGAGCUGCACGAUCUUCCGAUUCGUCGCCGGCUUAGCUAGUUCAACCAUCGCGGUGACGACUCUUACGAUGAUAGGCGACCUCAGCACCAAUGCAUCUGGAAGAGCGAAGAACGUAGCCCGGCUUCCUCUCAUUGCCCUAUGCGGCUCCAUCGGGCCUAUCGUGCAAGGACUGGUCUCAGAAAGCACCAAUGCCUCGACCGUAGUCUGGCAGAAGUUCCCAAUCCUGAGCUCGCAGAUUGCUUGUGGGACUAUUCUGCUCAUAAUCGCUGUUGCGGCAUCAAUUAUGCUUCAAGAGACAUUGCCUCUACAAUCCGACCAGCGAGCAAGUGGAUCAAACUACGACUGUGAAAAAGCGCCCUUCCUCUCUGAUGCCGAAUCGAAUGAACCGCUCAUUCGUGUAGUGGACUCUGUCCGGCCCGACUGUAUCUCUAUUAGCCAAUUCCUGCAAGCGCCCUCUCUUUUAAUCUUGCUCUCUUCCUUCUCUCUCCUCUCCCUCCAUGCGUCCACCUUCGAUGCUUUACUUCCCCACCUCGGCCACAGCAGCACCCAGCAUGGCGGCAUGGGCAUUCCUUGCAAUUGGCUGGGUCUUACUGUCCUCGUUGUUCGUGGUGUUGCUGGCCUGGCCAUACUCCGCGCUGUUCCUCAUCUAAUCAAGAAGUAUGGCCUGUUGAAGCUAUACCGUUCCGUUUCUCUCCUAUUUCCGGCCAUAUAUGUUGCGACACCUCUCCUUGCCUUGGUUGCGGCCUGCUCUACCCUCCUUGCUGCACUCACAUCAACGACGGCUAUCCUGGCCAAACAUGUCCUCACGGGAGGAGCAUCGGUUCUUGUUUCUCUUCUCGUGCUCAACACGACUCCCGAUGCCUUCUCAGCUGGCACGGUGGUCGGGAUGAUGCAGGCUGCGAGCCUGUUCAAGGCCUUGGCCGUAGCUGUUAGCGGGGCCAGCUUCUAUCUAAGCGGCGACUUCAGCGUGGCAACGACGAACUACGCUCUGUGGACCUGCCUUACUCUAUUCGGUUUUGUUGGAGCGGGUUUGGCAUGGUUUGUCAGGGAACGACCCAGCGUGGACCGAGAUUUCCCCAGCGAGGUGCUCUGUUGGGAGACGUGCUUUGAUGCGGAGAAGAACCCCGAAGGCUAGGGGCGGGGGGUCUCUCCACGGUGGUACUUCUCAAGGACACACCGUGCCCUAAAGGGACACCUGAGCUUCCUCGGCCCGAAUUUCACAUCAAUAGUGAAGAUGGAGGGAGCGGGUUUUCAUUGCGGGCUGUGUUGGUAUGUAAUGAUGGUUUUGCGGAGUUGUUCACAUUAGUACCCACACUCAUUUUGAAGUUUCUCUGUUUGGCUCUCGAUGUUGUUUACGUUCUGGCACGUGUCAAAGGCUCUGAGUGGUCGCUGGCUCACGGCGGGAUACGAGCUUGGCAUCUUUUUGUUUGCAUCUGAAACGCGACUAACUGCCGCCUGUUGUUGUGAAGCACACCGCACUCUGGCGGGCUUGGGCGGUCUCUGUCGCGGGUUGUAGAUAGCUGGACGGCGGGUUGGGGGUUUUGAACGUGUAGUGAUGAAUAUAUUCGAGCUUAACU